AUGUUCAAUCAUUUCCGAUGGCAACUUCUUAUCUCUCCUGUUCCGAUCUGGUUGAUACUCUGGCUGAUUGUCUCGUCAAACAAUCAUAAUCUGGUGCUUGGUUCCUCAGAUCAUCUUUCCCAGGAUGGCGUACCUAUGCCUCAAGCCGCUAGUCCACCAAGGCCACCAAGCUUCGAUCAAUCUGAUGAAAUUGAGAUAGAAGCUUUCCCUGCCGAUCCAGCUCCUGCAACUCCCCCAACGCCCUUUCCUCCGGCGAACCAACAACCCGACGGUAGUAACCCUCCUAUUGGCUCGGCGCCACUCCCAAUUCGAGAAAAAUAUACUGGCAAGGAGUACCGAUUCAAGAGAUUUGUCAUUCGGCCCGCUCAAUUGAAGCUAGAGGGUGCUUUGCUCGUUGCUCUUAUCAUUUAUACUUUAACAAGCUAUCGUGGGAAAAGCAAGAAUGAGGACACUGUCGCACACUGGUGGGAUUCGCAUUCUGAACUACUUCGUACCCAAUUCAGUCAAGUUGGCGCCGGAUCGAGCAAAGGCUACAUCGCCGAUGGACCCGCUUUGUUCUACGGUUAUGCAACCGGUCGCAAGGGCUGCCAAGCCCUGACCAUACGUUUCGCACUUCGACCACGUCAAGAUCUGCCGUUUAUGAUCUACGAGGAGCUCCGGGCUGCGAUUGACUUUAGCUGGACCGGUCGAAGUGAUCGGCUUGAAUUGGUUUGGUCCUUGGCACCGAGAAAUCAGCAUUUUGAAGCAAAAGAUUCGUUUGUCUGGGCCUUGGUCGAGAAACGUGUCAUGAAUGUGGUUCGCGAAGAUAGAUGGGAUGUGCGGACAUUCACCGAAGUCAAGGAAUCUAAUCAAUUACCAUCACACCUUGUGUUCAUGUCUGAAUCGGGAGAGAUUAAUGAACAAAUCAUCAAGAACAAGGAGCUUGGUCUUUUGCAGCUUUUGCAAAAUAACCCCUCCAGUCUGGAUUGGUUUGACAGUUUAGUCCUUUCAGGCACCUCUCAGCAAGAGCCAUCACUUUCGGAGCUUCCUCUGCCAUUGGCUCCUUCGGCGCGCACAAUCACGCUCCGCCUCCGGCUACCACCCCACUCCCGAACUUUGGACCCAAUGCCGUUGAUUGAAUUCUGUUUCAAUCUGAUCGACUCAAUAGACCAAGUAGUCUCCUUGACAGCCAUAGCUACCAGCAAACUGACGAAAAGACGGGCGGACGUUUCGAACCUAUUGUUGGACGAAGAAAGGAAGUUCAAGGAACGGGAGAAGGAGGAAGAACGUCGGAAAAAACUGAAAGCCGCGCAGGAUGAGAAACUUGCAAAGAUGACCCCGACUGAACAAAGGAAAUUUAGUGAACGAGAGCGGAAAAGAAACGCAGCUAAGAUCGGCAAAACAUCCGUCAAACGCAAAUAA